CGUCGUCGUCGGCGAGUCUCAGCGUCUUGGGUUGGCUUUUCGGUGUUGCGUGACGGGCGUGCAAGGAAGCAGUAAAACCCACAGCCCCACCACCCCGAACACUGUCUGUCCUGCUUACCCCAACAUACACACACACACACACAUAGACAGAAAAGGGUACAGGUUUUGUUCGUUUGUUUGCUGGUUUCAGGGUGGUGAAAUGAAGCCUGCGCCUUGCCACCGAGAAGCCGCCUUUCAUUCUGUGAUCAAUCGCAUCCGCGUUCGGUCGUGGAUUUUUUAGCGCGUCUGUGCCGCUCGUUUCCCAGCACGAUCGUGUUUCGUGUGAUCGUGUGUGUAAUUCUCCCCGCCCACCUUCGCUGAUACGAUGAGGCUAACUGGAACGCUCUGUCUGGCGCUGGUGGCGCUGGUGGCGAUCGCGUCGGCCAGCCCGCUGGACGAACAGGCACGGGCGGCACUGUUCCGCCGCAUGCGGCUCGGCGGUCCCAAAGUCUACAAGCACGAGGACCAGAGCCGUCCGGGCGUGCCGGUCGCGGACAAUCUCGACAAGGUGCCCGCGGCCGAGGACCGCAAACAGGGUAAGGAGCUGGCAGAGGAGGAAACGACUACGGCGGCCGCUGCUGCAACUAGCUCCACUCCCGUCCCGGCGAAGGGAGGUCUAAACAGGCUGUUCGCUCGCAAGAAGUACAGUCCACUGUUGCGCGACGGCUCGAAGGGCGCGCAGUCCACGACGGAGGCUGCGGUAACGGCGUCCUCGGCCGCCUCUGCCGCCAGUACGACGGAAAGUGAGGACGGUGUCACUUCCUCCGGGACGACGCGUCGGACGCGCCCAACGCGCCCAGGCAAGUUGCCGCGGUCGACCUCGCCCAAGCCGACGGUUUCGGUGAAACCGACCAAGAUUUCGUCCCGCUUCUCGAAGCCCACGGUCGAGCCGACGGAAAGCACGGUAGCGCCGGUGACGUCCCGGACGACACGCGGCCGCCGUACCCGCCCGUCGAAACCGUCGAAGUUGUCCGGCACGACGACGACCACGACGGAGGAGCCAACUACCACGACCACCACCACGACGACAACUACCACCACAACCACGACGACGACUACACCGCCACCACCAACGACAACGACGACAACGACGACGACGAGCACUACUGCCGCUCCCAGCACAACUGCCGCUUCCUCUGAUGUCUCCCUGGCAACGGGCAGCGUACCACUCGCUGCAAAGGCGGGAGCAGAGCAAGCGGACGAGGAAAGCUCACCCAGCUCAACGGCUGCCCCUGCCAGCACGAGCACGGUUAAACCUUCGUCCAGCACGGUGGCAACGGUCGCCACCUCCUCCGCAGGAGGCAGCAUCCGCUGCCCCGGCCAAGAGUGCCCCGAAACCGGAACGUGUCAUCCCGGUGGUCGAGCGGCAGGACGAGCUGCCCGAGAACGAGAGCUUGCUACAGUCGGCCAGCUACGAUUCGUCCGCCGAGCAGGAUGA